UUUAUCUGUCAAAAAUUUUUCCGAAUUUACGGAAUGCGGAGUGAGUUCCGUAAUUAUACACUUUAUAAUUAAUUGUAAAAAAAAAACUUUAAUUACAAUGUCAGAAAAUAAGGAUGUUCCGCAAAGUGACGUGGAUCCCGAGCUCGAUGAUUUAAUGGAGAGUGCCUUACAAGACAUGACGAAGAAAGUUAACCAGAGCUCUCAACCGGAGGGCAGUGUAGCAGCUCAAAACAUGUGGAGUGAAGAUUUCAUUAAGGAGGCUGCAGCUCAAUUUGAGAGCAAUAUGGCGUCCAUCCUUGGAGGCUUUAGUGGUGUACCAGAGGACCAAAUCACACAAGAACAGAUUGCACAAACUUUUUCAAAAAUGGCAGAAGCGGCCGCACGAGUAUUGAAUCCUACGACUGAAGGUGGUCAGAACGAACCCGCACCAAGUGAUCCAGUCGUUCAGGAGAAAAUUGACGAAGUAUCAGCCGCCAUAUCACAGACAUUACAAAACUUGAAUACGAACACUGAGACACUGCAGACACCAUUCUCCGAACAGGACCUAGCGAACAUGUUCAGUAAUUUCAAUGUCAACGAUGGGAAUCAGGACGCCAACAUGUUCGCGCCGUUCAUGCAAGGGAUGAUGCAAUCGCUGCUCUCGAAGGAAGUGCUGUAUCCGUCGUUGAAGGAACUCCUCGACAAAUAUCCUGCAUGGUUAGCAGAGAACAAGGGAAAGGUCGAACAAAGCGAAUAUGAAAGAUUCGAGAAACAACAGUCUCUGAUGCAGAAGGUCUGCGCUGCAUUGGAACCGGAGCAGGAGUCAGAUCCUGAAGAAGUCAAGAUGAAGCGAUUCGAGACCGUCCUCAAAUUGAUGCAACAGAUCCAGGACCUGGGUCAGCCCCCCACGGAGCUGGUGGGAGACAUAUCAGUGCCCCCCGAGGGUUUCAUGGCACCACCUAAUCAAGAUUCACAAUGUUCAAUUAUGUAGUCUAUAAUUAACUCAGUGCUUUUUUGUGAUCGUUUUGAAUAAAAGCCGUAGUCGUCAUCAAUAAUUUGUUAUUGUUUUCGAUUAUAGUGAUCGCAUAUAUAUAUAAAUAUUUUACAUAAUAUGUGGUAACCACAUAGUCUUAGAGUAUUAAAAGUAUAUAAUGUAAAUAACAUAACUUCCUGCUAACCGUGAGCAGUAUGAAUUAGUAAUUAUAUGGUAAAUAUUUUAUUCUGAAUACGGUACUUGUAGUAAUUAGAAGUACCGUCAUCAGAAAAAAUGUUUAUAAGAGUUGUUCGUUAUUUGUUUCCAUUAUAUAUUGAUGAAGAAAUAAUGUUUUUGGAUUAGAACAAUGUUUCAAGUGACUUGGUGGUAUGGCUUGUAACCAACCCGACUGGGUACGACCCACUCAUAAUAUAUAUAUAUAUAUAUAAUAUUUCUAAGGAUGAUCACUUGACAUGAAGUGGCCUCUUUAGCAGUCUCCAUAUCUAUAAUAAAAAAUAGUAAGAACUUUUGGUCUUGAUAACUUUUAAAAAUAUUUCAUUACUUAUAAUACUCUAAGAAACACAAAUUUUACUGCCAAACUUACUUAGACUCCGACUAAACUGCAAUACAGCUAUUCUGUAAGAACAAACUCGAGACUCACCUCGGAAAUCGAUCGGGGAAUGUCGAAAAAUGAUAUGCGAAAUGGACCAUAAUAAUUACAAGACAAGAAAACACAUCAAAAUAGUAUAUCACCGUCAAUCGGUUGUCAAUAUUUACGGAUGAGUUUGUAGAGAAUAGCACCGCUGUCGCAGAGAGAAUGUGUUGAGCUGAUUGAAUGGACGAUGGGACUUUGAAGUCUUGAAGAAUUGACUAUAAAAUUUUUAUCGUUUAUUUGCUAUCCUUACUACGCUGUAACAAGGUUAUGUCAACUGCUUAUGAGGAGUAAAGACAAAUAACUUUAACCUUGAAUUGACGUAAUAUCAUUGGUCGAGAUCUUGAAUUGUCUAUGGUAUUUAAUAAAAGUAUUUUUUUGUAUAUCGAAAGUUGUUGAACUUUGGAAGUAAAUUAUAGUAUUUUUAUGAAUUGAGUGGAAUAGUGUUGGGUUUGAAAAUAUAGAAAUAUUAAUCAAAUGUUUGUAGUUCAUAAUAUUGUAGAGCUAGUAGCGAAACGCUUGGAGUAUGUAAAUCUUUGGUUUGUUCUUGACUCCAACUGACUGACAUUUGGAACGCAUUCUCUCUGCGACGGAAUUUUAAUGAUAUAAAUAUUAAUUGUGCGAUCGAUGUUGCAAUAUAACAUAAUGAUUUUUUUUUAUUAUUAUUAUAUAUCCAACUAGAUUGAAAAUGUUGUUUUUAAUUUAUAUGAAAUAAUUUGCUAUGUAGUUUGAUUAGAUUAUUAUUUCUAUUGUUAUGGUGGUUUGAAGUAUUUGAGAAUGUUAUAGGCAAAGUAUUUAUGCUAUUAUAUCGAUAGUGGAAAUUUUAUACAAAAUUUUAUAUAUUUAUUGUCGUAUUUUAGCUUGAAAAUGUGAUGUUUAUUUGUUUUUAAUAAUAAAAAAGUUGUUAUAUAUAAUUCAUUUUCGCAAUUAAUUUUAUUAUGUGUAAAAUUAUAUAAAAAAAAACAUGGAAGUACAUGCCAAAGAAAUGUA